UCCCUGUUCGUUGUAUUUUCGGAAAAGCCCAUUUAAUAUUUUUCUACAAACUCCGCUCUAAUGUAAGUAACCGCAAAUGCGAAAUUAUAUAACAUACGCAUCGAAGUUAACAAAGUCUUUCUAGACAUUUAAAAAAAAUUAAUACGUCUUAUAUCAUCUUACAAUUAACUUCAUUUGACCUAUUAAGUUUAUUUUGUUGCGAAAUAAUGAAAAGUCAAUAGAAUAAUUUUACUAUGAAAUUACAUUUAUACCGGAACUACAUUCUUUUCUAAGUUCGAAGUUCAUCGCAUGUUUUAAAAUCCAGCUCGAUGAUUGUAUACGUGACAGAAUCGAUUUUGCCAAAGUAACGGGAAGAUAAUUGUUGGUGCUUAAUUGAUACAUUUUAUUAGUUAGACAUAAUAAAGUAAGAAAUUAAAUAAACAAGGAAUUUUGAUAUACACUGUUGUAACAUUGCUGAUUGCCCAUCUUCUAAAUGGAUUUGAGAGAAAUGUAUCAUUAUAUAUUUUUAGAACAAUCGUAUCCACUAACUCGCGAAUGGCCGCUUUUUUCUUCGCCGUGGCCACUAAUGUUAAUAACUCUUGGAUAUAUAUAUUUUGUUCUUUAUGCUGGACCUCGCUACAUGAAAGAUCGACCGCCAUAUGAAUUAAAAACUUUUAUACUAAUAUAUAACAUGAUUCAAAUUCUAGCAAACUUAUGGUUUGUAAAAGAGCAUAUAUCUCUCGGUUGGUUUUCAGAAUUUAGUAUAAUAUGCGGACAACGUGAUGAAGUUCUUAUGCACUCCAAAACUAAUGUGAUUAAACUAUUCAAUGUAGGAUGGUGGAUGUUUUUACUGAGACUUUUCGAUUACGUCGAAACCUGUGUAUUUGUAUUGAGAAAGAAACAAAACCAAGUCUCUGCUUUGCACAUAUAUCAUCAUGUAUCUAUUUUGGUAUUAGGGUGGUAUUAUUUCAAGUUUAUUUUGGAUGAAAGGAUAACAUUUGGUUCAUUGUUAAAUUGUACCGUGCAUGUAAUCAUGUACACUUAUUAUUUUCUCGCUGCAUGGAGUCCGGAACUCCAACAGAUGAUAUCUCCCAUUAAAUUAUAUAUAACUAAGUUGCAGAUGGUACAAUUUAUUGUGGUGAUAAUAAUUAUGCUGCAGAUUUUCAAUCCUAAUUGUCAAGCGCCACCUUUAGUUAAAGGAUCAGCAGUUUUUUUUAUUGGAAAUAUACUUAUAUUUCUGUAUUUAUUUUAUGAUUUUUAUAAAAAAACCUACACUACGUUACCUAAACAGAAGAAUAACUAAGAGAGUAUUACAAUUUUAUAUAAUUAUACAUACGCAUAUUUAUAUAUGUAAUUAAUAUUAUAUAUUAAAUAUA